GUGAGCAUCAUGGCAAUUCUGCUGCCAGUCCUGCUUGGUGUUCUUGUCUCUCUGAUAGGAGGGCUGUACCUUCUUGGUGCAUUUCGACAGCGGCGCCCAGGAGAACCCCCUUUGGAUAAGGGACCCAUCCCCUGGCUUGGCCAUGUGUUAGAGUUUCGCAGGAACACUGCAAAGUUCCUAGAGAGAAUGAAACAAAAGCAUGGGGAUAUAUUCACAGUACAGCUGGGAGGAUUUUACUUCACUUUCAUCAUGGACCCUCUAUCUUUUGGGCCAUUUGUUAAAGAGGCUCGUACAAAACUGGACUUCAACAAAUUUGCAGUGCACCUGGUACGCAGAGUCUUUGGUUAUGUACCACUGGAGAAUGAGCACAGGAUUCUCCAGCUGUCCAGCAACAAGCACCUAAUGGGAGAUGGACUGGAAAUAAUGACACAAGCUAUGAUGACUAAUUUGCAGAACCUAAUGCUGCACAGUGCAGGCUCUGAGAAAGGUGAAAAGGCUUGGAUAGAGGAUGGACUGUUUAUGUACAGCUACAAUAUUGUGUUUAGGGCUGGCUACCUAGCUCUGUUUGGCAAUCAGACACCUUCAACAUCACUGAGUGUGGAGAAAGCCAAAGAGAUAGACAGAGGAGAUUCAGAUGCUCUAUUCUAUGAGUUUCGCAAAUAUGACCAACUUUUCCCCAAACUUGCAUAUGGGGUCCUGCCUCCCAGAGAAAAGAUGGAGGCAGACAGACUGCUGAAGCACUUCUGGAGCACUCUGUCUGUGCAGAAGGUCAGGACCAAGGACAACAUCAGUGGCUGGGUGCGGGACAUGCAACAGUACAAAGAGGACAAUGGGAUGAAGGAGUUCAUGCAAACCAGACACAUGUUUCUGCUUCUGUGGGCCUCCCAGGGCAACACCGGACCUGCUGCAUUCUGGCUGCUCCUCUACCUCAUGAAGCAUCCGGAAGCCAUGAAGGCCGUCAGAAGGGAGGUAGAAGAGGUUCUGAAGCAAACCGGGCAGGAAGUCCGCCAUGGUGGCCCGCUCAUCAACCUGACCCGUGACAUGCUGAUGAAAACGCCAAUCCUUGACAGUGCUGUAGAGGAGACCCUCCGUCUGGCAGCUGCACCUGUCCUCACCAGGGCCGUGAUCCAGAAUAUAACCUUCAGGAUGGCUGAUGGCUGUGAGUACAAUCUUCGCCAGGGUGACAGAGUUUCGCUCUUUCCUUAUACUGCUGUUCAGUUGGACCCCGAAGUCCACCCUGACCCGCUUUCAUUCAAAUACGACCGCUUUCUUAAUCCAGAUGGGAGCAAGAAAACAGAUUUUUACAAGGCAGGGAAGAAGCUUAAGUAUUUCAACAUGCCCUGGGGCGCUGGGGUCUCCAUGUGCCCAGGGCGUUUCUUUGCCACCAAUGAGCUGAAGCAGUUCGUUUUCCUCUUGUUAAUAUACUUUGAUUGUGAGUUGAAGAAUCCCGACGAGGAGAUACCUGAUAUUGACGUCAAGCGUUUGGGAUUCGGAACCAUGCAGCCCACCAGAGAUGUUCGGUUCCGGUACAGACUCAGAUUUUAAACCGACCACCACAGAGUGUA